AUGGGGUAUGAUAACGAGUCCUUGACGUGGCAUGUUGUCAUUGGCUCUCUAUCUCUCUCUCGUCUUCUCCGCUAUCUCUCUCUUGUCUUCUCCGCUCUGUUAAUUUUCUCAGGAAAGUGUAGAUUGAAAUUCUGGUAUCUGAAUCAUGAAGUUCGAGCUGGCGUCACCGUUGAAGAAGUCCGUUCCGCUUCCCCUGUUUCUGAUCCUCCUCCUCUCUAUCCUCCCGUGUUAACCACCCCCAUCUCGUUACCCACUCCGGAAGCUAUUGGCUACCCGAGUGCACAGCAGGUCAUGAGCUUCAAAGGUAAGCCCACUGACAAAAGGCAGUUGCUUGAUGAGAUUGAGAUAAGAGAGCUGCGCAUUGAUCACAUCGACCACCGUUGCUGUUGGGGAAGCCGUCCUGCUCGCACAUGGAAGAUCCGUGCUGUCGUCUGCUCGUAACAACGUUUCUUUCCCCGGAUAAUAUGGUUGCUACGAAGCUCUUUGCGGAGAAGUCAUGGCUGGAUCAAGGAGUUGAAUGAGAGCAAUGAUGAUUGCAUCACAAAAUGAUUGGUAGACUUGAAUGGUGUUUUGGUUGUCGUGUUGAGGCUUUUGUUGAUGAUUUAGAUUGUUGUAGUAUGGUAGUUGAAAGCAUGAAUACGUCAGUGGUCCAUAUGUAAGUAGACUUACUCUUGUGCUCUGUAUAUUACG